GCAGCCACCCCUGCAGCCAUCCCUGCAGCCCAGGGCACUGCAGCCAUCCCUGCAGCGAGCACAGCCACCCCCACAGUGACAGCUCCUACAUCACCAGCUGUGCCUGCAAGCCUUGCACCUGCAAAACCUCUCCCUGGGAGCAUCGGUGCAGUCUUCAGGACCAAAAUACCAGCACUGGGGGUCCCUGAGAGCCCCAAGGACCCCCAGCACAGGCCCACAGCAGGCACACAGACAGCAGCAACCCCGGGCACCUGGAGGAGCACCCUGUCAGCAACGCCCCUGCCUGGCAGCGUGACUGCUCAGAGCCCCCCCGGGGCAGUCCAAGCCACACCAGGCUCGCCGAGGAACACCCAGCUGGCCAUGUCACCUGCUGCUGGUCCUGCCCAGAGCCCCACCAUGGGUCUCCAAACCUCACCGUGGCUGGACGAGCCCCUGGGUGCAGUCAGUGCCACGCCGGGGCCAGCUCCUGCCCAGCAGGCCAGAGCCACGGCCAGGGCAGGAGAAAAGCCCUGCCUGGAGCAGGGGGAGGGAGCUGGCCAGGCAGCAGAGCCCAGAGCCCCAGCAGGAGCCGUGCCCAGCGCUGUCCCUGCUGCCAGCACCCAGCACCCCUGCCCUGUGCCAGCCCCGAGCACAGCCACGCCUGCAGCCCCCCCGAGAGCCUCCUGGCCCCCGCGGGGGCACGGCCAGCCCCAGCCCAGGCCGCCUGCCCAGGGCACGGAGCGGGGGAACACUCUGCAGGCACCAGGGAUCGCAUCUCCGUGGGGAGGGGACAAGGACAGCCCUGCCACUGCCCGGCCUGAACGGCGGCGAAAUCAAGACACCACCACCCUGCCCAGCCCCAGCACCUCGGGUUCUGCAAGCACAAACCAUUUCUCAAAGCCCAGAAUAGUCGGAGGGAAUUUGGCUGCUUUCACUGUGCUGGCGAAUUCUGAUGCUUUUAUUCCUUGUGAAGCUACUGGGAACCCCCCUCCAACAAUCCAGUGGACCAAGAUAUCAUCAGGGCGCGGUGCCGCGGCCCGAGGCCGCUGGUCGGUGCUGCCCAACGGGACGCUGUCCAUCGCGCGGGCGGGCCCGCAGGACGGCGGCCAGUACGAGUGCACGGCGGCCAACGCGCUGGGCCGGGCGCGGCUGCGGGUGGCGCUGGCCGUGCGGGCGCAGCCGCCGCGCAUCGCGGGCGUGCGCGGGCUGACCGCGCUCUCCGGGGGCUCGGCCGCGCUGCCCUGCCGCGCCCGGGGCAGCCCCGCGCCCAGCAUCUCCUGGCUGCUGCCCGACGGCACCGAGCUGCGGCAGGGCGCGGCGGGCGGCCGGGCGAGCGUGGGGCCCGACGGCUCGCUGCUGCUGCGGGCGCUCUCCGUGCACGACCGCGGCACCUACACCUGCCGGGCCAGCAGCGCCGCGGGCACCGACACGCUGCCGCUCAGGCUGCAGGUGGUGGCGGCCCCUCCCAGCAUCCUGGAGGAGAAGCGGCAGAGCGUGGCGGGGGCCGCGGGGCAGAGCCUGAGCCUGCCGUGCACGGCGCAGGGGCAGCCCGAGCCCGCCGUGCGCUGGGUGCUGCCGUCGGGCGCGGCGCUGCGGCCGCUGCAGGUGCUGCACGGCCGGCUGCUGCUGCUGGCCAACGGCACGCUGCUCCUGGGCAGCGCGGCCCCCUCCGACAGCGGCACCUACGAGUGCAUCGCCACCAGCUCCACGGGCUCGGACAGGAGGGUGGUCACCCUCGCGGUGCACAGCGCAGAGACGCUCCCGAAAAUUGCCAUCGCCUCCCAGGAGCUGACUCGGCUGAACUUCGGGGAGAGGCUGCUUCUGAACUGUACGGCAAGCGGGGAGCCCAAGCCCAGGAUAAUCUGGAGGUUGCCCUCCAAGGCUGUUGUGGACCAGUGGCACAGAAUGGGAAGCCGGAUCCAUGUCUACCCCAACGGAUCCUUGGCUAUUGAGGCAGUUACAGAAAAGGAUGCAGGUGAUUACCUGUGCGUCGCAAGAAACAGAAUUGGGGAUGAUCUGAUUCUGAUGAAAGUCAGCAUCACAAUGAAACCAGCCAAGAUUGACCACAAACAGCAGUUCAAGAAACUGGUGCCCUAUGGGAAGGAUUUCAGAGUGGACUGCAAGGCCUCAGGGUCGCCCACACCAGAGAUAUCCUGGGGCCUGCCAGACGGGACGGUGGUGAACAACGCGAUGCUGGCGGAUGACAGCGGGCGCCGGGCUCGCAGGUACGUCCUCUUCAACAAUGGCACUCUGUACCUCAACAAAGCUGGGGUGGCAGAAGGAGGAGACUACACCUGCUACGCCCAAAACACGCUGGGGAGGGACGAGAUGAAGAUCCACGUCACGGUCAUUGUGGCAGCCCCUCAAAUAAAGCACAACUACAAGACACACGUUACAGUGACAGCUGGAGACACAGCCCUGCUGGACUGUGAGGCUACUGGCGAGCCCAGGGCACAGAUAUUCUGGUUGCUGCCCUCCAGUGAGAUGAUCUCCUCGUCCACAGACAGGCACACCCUGCACGCCAACGGCUCGCUCUCCGUCAGCCAGGCCAGCCUGCUGGAUGCUGGGGAGUACCUGUGUGUGGCUCGGAACCCUGGCGGGGAUGACAGCAAACUGUACAAGCUGGACGUGGCUGCUAAACCCCCCAUCAUAAAUGGUUUAUACAGGAACAAAACGAUCAUGAAGGUGACGGCAGUGAGGCACUCCAAGAAACACAUUGACUGCCGGGCAGAAGGGACACCUCCUCCUCAGAUUAUGUGGAUCAUGCCUGAUAACAUUUUCCUAACAGCCCCAUAUUAUGGGAGCAGGAUUGUGGUGCACAAAAACGGGACACUUGAGAUUCGGAACAUCAGGCCCUCAGACACGGGGGAUUUUAUCUGUGUGGCACGUAAUGCCGGGGGAGAGACUGUGCUGGUGGUGCAGCUGGAAGUCACAGAAAUGCUACGGAGACCAAUGUUCAAAAACCCUUUCAACGAAAAAAUCAUAGCAAAACCUGGGAAAACGAUCACACUGAACUGUUCUGUGGAUGGAAACCCUCCCCCGGACAUAAGCUGGAUGCUGCCCAAUGGCACGUGGUUUUCCAGCAGCAUCAGGACAUCCCAGUUUUCCACAGGAAGCAAUGGCACCCUGACCAUCUACAGUCCCGAGACGCAGCACGCCGGGCGCUACCGCUGUGCUGCCCGCAACCAGGUCGGCUACAUCGAAAAGCUGAUGCUGCUGGAGGUUGCCCAGAAGCCCCAGAUCCUCACCCGGCCUGCAGGGCUGGUGAAGGGGGUCAGCGGGGAGCCUUUGUCGCUGCACUGCGUGGCCGAGGGCAGCCCCAAGCCCAGGCUGGCGUGGACGCUGCCGGGGGGCCGCGUGCUGGAGCGGCCGCAGCUGGGCGGGAGGCACGUGCUGCUGGAGAACGGCACCCUGCUCAUCCGGGCAGCCGCGCCCCACGACGCGGGCAGCUACCUGUGCAGGGCCCACAACCACGCUGGAGACUCCUCCCUCACCGUUCCCGUCGUGGUCACAGCCUACGCCCCACGGAUCGUGGGCAGAGCCCCCCCGGCCAUCCGCGCCCUGCCAGGGGCAGCAGUGCAGCUCCACUGCGUCGCGCUGGGCAUCCCCAAACCAGAAAUUACCUGGGAGUUACCUGACCGCUCCAUGCUCUCUACAGCUCGCCAGGGCCGGGGCUCUGGGGGAGAGCUGCUCCACCCCACGGGGACCCUGCUCCUGCAGAACCCCCGGCCCUCCAGCUCUGGCACGUACAAGUGCACAGCGAGGAACCCCCUUGGCACUGACUCUGCAGUCACCUACGUCCACGUCAUCUGAGCCAGAAACGCAGCAGGAAUGGUGGGGAACACAGGCUGCACCCGGGCUGGGCUCACCCUGCAAUGGCUUUAAUCAAAGACAGCCACAAGCACGUGAGUGCCUGGACACAUCACAGCGUUCAGUCUGCAGUCACUGGGCAAAAGGAGAGAGGAAAGGGAAAAUUAGCUCUACCGUUAUUAGCUAGCAUUGGUUCUCUCCAUGUUCAGGGGAUUUAAAGGAAAGCCCGAGCCACAGCAGGAACAAACCCCACAGUUUGUUACCUGAGCCACAUCAGGAACAAACCCCACAGUGCCCGAGCCAUGGCAGGAACAAACCCCACAGGUGCCCGGCUGCACCACCCUGGCACAGGGGCCAGCAGGUGGGGAGGACAGCGAGGGCAGGAGAGUGUCCUGCACAGCAAGGACACAGGCAGCACCUGAGAACUCUCAGAACACCUGCUCUUGUCCUGCCCUGCAGAAGAGAAGGCUGCAGGGGGGCCCCAUUGCAGCUGUGGCACUGAGCACGGCGGGAUUGGCACCCCAAACUCAGUGCCCACCAUCCAUCUCUGGUCUCUCAGCUUUACAGACCUGCCCCCUAAAUCCCCAGCUGCUCUUCUCAUUUGACCCAGUGAAAAUGCACGUGAUUCUAAUGCUUUUAAUGAAGGGAUUCUUUGGAAAUCUGAUGUGCUGAAUAAAACUGGAGUAAUCCUCUACCCUAACGACUCUGUGGGCGCUACAGAAACCGCCCGAGCUUUGCUCAGCAGAACCUGGUGCUUACUGAAGGCAGUUUCAGUGUUUUACAAGACUUCAGCAUCUUUUUCCUUUCUGAAACCAAAUCCUUCACUUUAAACCUGUUGUGUAAUCUCCUGGCCACCAGGCUGUAGUAACUGCUGAGGUUAGUCAGAGGCACUAAGCAGCACACGGAGGUUUUUUGGGACAUAAACACAACCCGCAGCAUCUUCUGCUGUGCAGGUGCUGGCAGAGGAGUCUGCACCAGGCAGGUGCCCAUUGCAGCAACACUCUCCCAUCAGUUUGUUCAACAUAUAAGAACUAUUUUAAAAACCCUCAAAAAUGGAUUAAAAUUGUAUAAGAUUAAUGCUUUUUAACUCAAAA